UUAUUUAAUUCAAUUUAAAUAGAAAUGAAUAUUUUUGCCUGCUUCUGCAAAUAAAUACUAGAGGUAACAGUGACAGCGCGUCUCAGGAACAGUUACCACGAUAUUCGCUGAUGUCUCUGAUUUUUUGCACGCAAAUAUCGCCCGUCACUAACGAAAACGUAAAUGCGAAAGGCAGUGAAAAAUUUAAACGAAACAACACAAAUUCUUGUAAAUUCAAUGGAGUAUUAAAUUUUAAAGGUCAUUUCAUGUAAACUAUACAAAUCCAAAUAACCCGAGCACAUUUUGCAUUCAUAAAAUCAAGUCAUUUACGUUCCCAAUUAACGUGCGUGCAUUAGUGCGUGGUAAUUGCGUAUUAAACAACAACAGCAACAGCAGCUCGAAAACAAACUGCAAACGCUGGCAAAAAACUGAAGCCCAAAAGUGAAACUAAAAACGAAUAUAAAAAAAAAAACAUUUUUGUGUGGUCGACAAUUAGUUCUUACAUGGGUUUAACAGAUCAAGAUUGGAUUGGUAGUGCGGUCAGCCUGACCUGCGACGACGAGCUGGGCGUGUUUCAGGGCCUGAUUAAGAAGAUUUCAGCCGACGAGAUAACAAUUGUGCGCGCCUUUCGCAACGGCGUACCCUUGCGCAAACAGAACGCGGAGGUUGUGCUGCGCUGUGCCGACAUCAAGAGCAUCAAUCUAAUCGAGCCUGUGAAGGACGCCGAGACGACGACGCCGACGGUGAUCAACAAGCCGACGCCGGUCAAGUUGCCGCAUUUCUCCAACAUUCUUGGCAAGCAGCAGCAGCUGCAGCAUCAACAACAACAGCAGCAGCAUCUGGAGCGCGAGCAGGAGCUGCCCGUGACACCCAGAGCCAAGGCGAACGGACAUGGCAACGUGGCCAGAAAUGGAGCAACUGCAGCCGGCAGCAACUCGGCGCUGAGUGAUAAAAUGCAGCAGCUGAUGCUCAUCACAAAUGCGAAUGGCGCUAAUGGAGUGCGCAGAACACCGCAGAGCUCACGUGCAUCCAGUGCACAGCAGCCGAUGGCGACGACGCCUAACAGCGUGGCCGCUUUCUUUGGCAACAUGAUUCCGGCCAAGGUGGAGGUAAAGCUGGGCAGCACGGCCUACAAUGCAGCAGCAGCAGCAGCCAGCGGCGGCAACAACUUGGAGAGCUACUGCAGCAGCAGCGCCGAUGGCAGCUGCGGCAGCGCCGAGGCAGCUGGCGGCAGCAGACCCAUUGACAUCGUCAGCAAUAACAAUAGCAACACCAAUGGUGCUUUCUAUGCCCAGGCGGCGGCCAGCUAUGGCAAUGGCAAUGGCAAUGGCAAGCGCAAUGGCAAUGGCGGCAGCUUCAACUCGAACUCUUUUAAUGGCAACGGGCAUGCAAAUGGCAAUGGCAAUGGCAACGGCAAGAGCAAGGGGCGUAAUCGCGUGCGUCGGGAGAGCAGCAUGCGGCUGCAGCAGCAGCAAACGUUUGGCAGCGAGGCCGAUGAUCCGCUGCUGCACGAGGAGUUUGACUUUGAGGGCAACCUGGCGCUGUUUGACAAGCAGGCCAUCUGGGAUGACAUCGAGUCGACACACCAGAAGCCGGAUGUUGUGCGUCAUGCGGUCCAUGUGCAAAAGCAGCAGCAGCAGGAGAAAAAGUAUCGUCACGAUGAGAACAUUUUGGCCAGCAAGCCGCUGCAGUUGCGCCAGAUCGAGAGCAUUUUUGAUGGCAGCAAGGAUUUUGUAACGGACGAUGGCCUUAUUAUACCCACCAUUCCGGCAUAUGUGCGCAACCGGAUCGAGAUGAGCGCCGAGAAGGCGGGCUUGUCGCUGCAGCGACAAAUUGACAUGUUGGCGCGGGGUGCCAGCGACUUGGCCAUAACACUGCUGGGCGGCGCCAGACGCUUGACGCCAGCGAACAAUCAUCAGUGGCCAAAAAUAGCCAUCAUAUGCGAUGGCGUUAACACCAUGAGAACAAUUAACAUUGGCGCGGCUACAGGUCGCCUUUUGGCCUCGCAUGGCCUGACCGUGCUGCUCUAUGUGGAGCAGGCGCAGCUCAUUGAAAAGAACAGCAGCUUGGAGGUGGCCCUCUUCAAGGCUACCGAUAAUACCAUAGUACAUUCGGUGGACGCUAUGCCCACGCCUGAUCUUGUGAUACUAUCGACAAAUACCGUUAAUCUAUCGGAUGCAAUUAAGCAAUGGCUGAGCGUCAAUCGCGCAUCGGUGCUGGCCGUGGACCCGCCACCGUGUGGCAUUAAGGAUGUUGCUAUCAAGUACUCAAUAUUACCCAUUCUACCAUUGAUCCAAGAUCCAAGCACUUCGGCUGCUGCUGCUGCAGCAACAGCCAAAACAACGAAUAAUUGUGGCAAACUGUAUUUAUGUAAUUUAGGUAUACCAGAUAAAUUUUAUCGUGAUUGUGGCAUUAAGUACAAAAGUCCGUAUGGACAUAAAUAUGUGAUACCGAUUCACUCAAAGGACUGAAACAACGACAACAACAACAGCACACACACAAGCAAAACAAACAACAACAACAAUCAUCAGCAACAGACAACAACAACAACGACAACGACAGCAAUAAACCAAUCAUAAUCAGCAACAAAAAGCACUCAAACACACACACACACACACACACACACACACACACACACACACACAUGUGAUGAUCAUCAAAGUCCUGUUUCCUGUGAAUCUAGCUAGCUCUUAGAAGUCUCUCAUAUAUAACUCACAUUAUACAUUAUGUAUUAAGUUUAAGCACAUAGUUUAUUCCUAAAUUCGAUUAUUGAUCCUCCAUUAAGAGCUGCCCUAGCUUAGUGCCGAACUACAUUCAUAAUCCUAUAUAUUUAUAUAUUUUUGAUGUUGUACAAACCCUUCAAGCUAGUCCAGCAUAAUUGAUUUUGUCUUGGCGCUCGCUUAAGGUUGUCAAAAUUGUUUUUAGAGCCACGUUCUUGCAUAUUUGAUGCUCUCCCACCCGCAACUAUCCUAUAAACGAGUCUGUAGCUUUACAAAUAUUUUAUAUGCACUGGACAAAAAGGAUCCUACCCGAAAAAAAAACAAAAACAAAAUAAGAAAAAGAACCUAAACUGGUCUUCGGAGCAACUUUCAAAUAUGCAUUCAACAAAUGAUUGUAAAUAAUUGUAUAUUUGCAUAAUUGUUUGUAUAUGUAUAUGGAGAAAACUCAAUUGAAUUCAUUUUGUGAGAUUGAGCGAAGUAUACGCAAUACAUGCCAAAUUAAAUGUCUACUUUUUAAGCAUAAAAUCAACAACUAUUAUAUUUUAAUUUCAUAAACAAUACAAUUACAAAUACAAAUACAACAAUUACAAAUCAGAGAUCAAUAAGUUAGUUUCGUAAGCUUAAGGUGUUAAACAACAAGAAAUCAACAACAACAACAACAACUUUAACUUGUAUUUAGAGAUAAUUUUUAAGCAAAUUGUAAGCUGUAAAAUCGAAAAACCUUAUUUUUACACCCAUCGAAUACUGAGAGAAAAAAUCCCAGAAUACUUCUAAAUGUAUCGCGAUGAGUUUUAUAAAAAACAAAAAACCAAAUCUGAAUAAGUACUAUAUCAAAAACCAAUCAAAUAGCGAAAAUCUAUGUUAGCAGUUGCAAACUCAAUAUCGCAACCAAAAACCUUAACUAAUUGUUGUAAAAAUAUUAUAAUGUAGAUUCUAAAUUUCAAUUGUUGAUGAUCGAGCCUGCGAAUUUGUUUCGUACUUUAAACAAAACAAAUCGCAAGAGAAAAGAAAAACAUAUAACAAACGGUUUAAUGCGCUUUUCUCAAGCGGAAAAGCGUCUGUGACUGUUUUUGGAGUUAGGAGUAGGAAAGUUGACAGGACGUUGAAGUGAUGUUAGAUGGAUCAGAGGUUGAGAAGGUUAUUUCCAACAACAAUAAUAAACAAUAUCACACACGCACACACACACAUGCAUGUACACACCA